AUGGUUGCAGACACCAGCUACUACGAUGCUCUAGGCGUCCCGCCGACUGCCACUGAGCUGGAAAUCAAGAAAGCCUACCGCAAGUUGGCUAUCGUCACUCACCCGGAUAAGAACCCUGGCGACGAGACUGCACAUGAACGAUUCCAGGCUAUCGGCGAGGCUUAUCAAGUUCUCAGCAACGAAGACCUACGAAAACGAUAUGAUAAAUUUGGCAAAGAAGAUGCAGUCCCUGGUGGUGGCUUUGAGGAUCCCUCGGAGUUUUUCAGUAUGAUCUUUGGCGGCGAGGCCUUUGUCGAUCUUAUCGGAGAAAUCUCGCUCAUGAAAGACUUGACCGCGACGAUGGAUAUCACUAUGCAAGAGAUGGAGGAAGAAGAGCUAGCAGAAGCUGCAGCCGAAAAGCUCAACAUUCAUGACGAGGAGGUAAAAGCCGCUACUGGCGAUGCUAGUUCAGCCAAGGACUCCGCAGCAGGUGCUUCGGCAUCCACAGAGAAAGAGAAGGCUCAUUCUCCUCCAACCUCCGGUAGCAGUACCCCCCGCCGACAUCUAGGCCAGCAGGCCAUUAUGGACAAAUCGGAAGAAGAAGCGCGCAUGGAUGCAGCUGGUCUGUCGCAAGAAGAGAAGGAAUUGCGCAAGAAGGAGAAGAAGAAGGGUCUCUCCAAAGAACAACAAGAGCGCCUGGCCGCGUUUGAGGCGGAGCGGAAAAAGGCUCGCGAGGAACGUAUCAGCACUCUGGUUAACAAGCUUGUUGACCGUCUUAGUGUGUGGACCGAAACCGACAAGACCAAGGAUGUGACUCACGCUUUCGAGGAGAAAAUUCGCCUUGAAGUCGAGAAUCUGAAGAUGGAGUCAUUCGGAUUAGAGAUUUUGCAUGCAGUUGGUGCCACAUAUGUGCAAAAGGGUACCUCUUUCCUCAAGUCCCAAAAGUUCCUUGGUAUAUCCGGCUUCUUCUCUCGCCUGAAGGAUAAGGGUACCCUGGCCAAGGAGACUUGGACCACUAUCUCGACUGCCAUCGAUGCGCAGAUGACCAUGGAAGAGAUGGCUAAGUUGGAAGAACGCGGAGGCGAGGAUUGGACUGAUGAGAAAAAGGCUGAGUACGAAAAGAAAGUCACUGGCAAGAUCCUUGCAGCGGCAUGGCGUGGAAGCAAGUUUGAGAUCCAGAGCGUCCUGCGCGAGGUCUGUGACACAGUUCUAGGCGACAAGCGCAUUCGCCUCGACAAACGUGUAGAACGUGCUCAUGCGCUAGUUCUUGCCGGUAACAUCUACCUCAAGGCCGCGCGUGAUCCCGAGGAAGAGGGUGACUACAUGGCCUUUGAACAGUUGAUGACCGAAGCGAUGCAAAAGAAGGGCAAGGAUGACAAGAAGAAGAAGGAUAAGAAGAAACAUAGCCACGAGCACUUGCACGAGGCUUCAGAAGAGGCAUCAACUCAUGCUUCUGCCUCUGCUUAG